AUGGAGGAGGCCCCGUUCCCCGGGCGGGCUGCUUCGGGCGACUGGAGCUCGAAGCUGCAGGCGCUGAAGCUGCGCAUGAAGAAAGCAGGAGUUGCUAUUGCUGCUGCUGCUGCUGAGGGGGCCCCCCAAGAAGCAGCCUUAGGCUCUCCUGGGGCCUCCACGUCUGCUGCUGCUGCUGGCGCUGUGACCCCAGCAGCUCCUGCUGCUGCUACUGCUCCUGCUGCUGCAGCAGCAGGGGGCCUUGCGCGGGACGGCCGCCUAAAACCGCCGCCAAUCCAGAGGCGGCAAGUGCAGCAGCAGCAGCUGCUGCAGCCUGUGCCGCAGCAGCAGCAGCAGCAGCAGCAGCGAGGGAACCCCGUCAAGAAGGUCCCAGGCACUGCGCAGGGGCGGUUGCUGCAGCAGCUGCAGCACGCGCUGCAGCAGCCGCCUCCUCCCCUCGUGCAGCAGCAGCAGCAGCUACAGCAGCAGCAGCUGCUGCUGCAGCGGACGUCAGCUCCUCGAAUGGCUUCUACACCAGCUGGCCGGGCACCUUCGCCCGGCUUUGAGUCCAUGUCUGCUGCUGCUGCUGCUCCAGUUGCAGCUUCAGCUGCGGCUGCUGCGUCCCCCAGCUUUGCUGCUGCAGCAACAGCAGCACCUGCUGUGUCACAGUCGUUUGCUGCUGGCAGCAGCGAUUUCGAUGCGCCCAUGUCCUUUGAAGAGCUGAUGCGGAGAAAGCGGGAAAAGGAGCAGCAGCAGCAGCAGCAGCGGCAGCAGCAGCAGCAGCAGCAGUACCUGCAGCGAGAAGCAGGCAGCAACACUCCCCGGCGGCUUUCUGACCCCACAAGCUCUACAGCACAAGCAGCAGAUCCGAAGACCAGGCGGCAGCAGGAUCUGCAGCAGCAGCAGCAGCAGCAGCCUCAGCAGCAGCAGCCACAGCAACAGGGGACGCAGGUAGUGCAGGUGCAGCCAGGAGUCGCCCAGCAGCAGAACAAGCUGCAGCAGCAGCAACAGCAGCAGCAGCAGCAACAGCAGCAGCAGCAGCGCUCUGUGACUGCGAAGGUUGCAGGGCAGCCGCAGAGGCCCAUUCCCUCAGCAGCAGCAGCAACACCAGCAGCACCCGCUGCAGCAGCGCCAAAAACCGUGCCGGCGAGACAGCCGUUACAGCAGCACAUGCAACAGCAGCAGCAGCAGCAGCAGCAGCACCAACAGCAGCAGCAACGGCGACCCCCAGUUCAGCCGCAACAGCCACAGCAGCAGCAGAAGCAGAGGCCUGUGGUGCAGCAGCAGUGGCAGCAGCAGCAGCAGCAGCAGCAAACGCGACAGCCUCCACCGCCUCCACCGCUGCAACAGCAGCAGCAGCAGCAGCAGCUACAGCAGCAGCAGCCGAAAGCUGGUGCAAUCUCCCCCGCUGCCAAGGCGUCGCCUGCUGUUCACCUCGUGCAGCCGCCGCAGCAGCAGCUGCAGCAGCAAUUACAGCAUCCGCAGCAUCCGCAGCAGCUGCAGCAGCAGCAGCAUCCACAGCAGCUGCAGCAGCAGCUUCCUGGUGCUGCAGUGCUUCCCCAGCGGCAGCAGUUUCCUGCAGCAGCAGCUGCUGUUCCCCGUCAACAGCCUGUGAAGGCCAAAGCUGCAGCAGUACGUGCUGCACCCAAGGCUGCAGCAACAGCAGCAGCAGCUGCACCUGCAGCAGCAGCAGCACCUCCAGUAGCAGCAGGGGUACGCCCGAUACCCGCAGCAGCACCUGCAGCGACAGCGGGACCUCGACCAGCAGCAGCACCCGCCGCAGCAGCAGCUGCUGCAGCAGCACAGGGGAGGCCCCAAAUGUUCAAGGCAGCAGCUGCUGCUCCUGUGUCUCAGUCAGCUCCUGCUGCAGCACCUCCUUUGGUGGGUGCAGCAGCAGGAGCACGGCUGCACCCGCAGCAGCAGCAACAGCAUCAGCUGCAGCAGCAGCAGCUGCAACAGCAACAAAGGCAGCAGCAGCUUCAACUGCAACAGCAACAGCAAAGGCAGCAGCAGCUGCAGCAAAAGCAGCAGCUGCAGCUAAGGCAGCAAGCUCCCCGCACAACUGCAGCAGCACCUCCGGUCCCCCCUGCGCCUGUCUCUUUGCCUAAAGCAGCAGCAGCAGCACCUCAGCAGCAGCAGCAGCAGCAGCAGGCUGUUUUGCCAACGCAGCAGCAGCAGCAGCAGCAGCCUGUGCGACCCUUGGAGCUGCAGCAAGCAAAGAUGCCCCCGCAGCCGCCGCCUCCGCAGCUGACGGCAGCUCCAGUGAAGCAGCAGCAGCAGACAGCCAAAACUGUGCCCAGGCCUCCUCAGCAGCAGCAGCAGCAGCAGCAGCAGCCGCGUGCGCCAGUGACAGUUGCUGCUGCUGCUGCGCCGCAGCAGCAAAAGCCACGAGCCGGCUUUCCGUCACAGCAACAGCCGAGCGCUCCUGCAGCGAAGGCCCAGCCGCAGCUGCAGCAGCAGCAGCAGCAGCGGCAGCGCGUGGUAACAGCACCAGCAGCAGCACAGCAACAGCCGCAGCAGCCGCACCGGCAGCAGCAGCCACAACAGCGGCAGCAGCCGCAACAGCAGCAGCAGCAGAAGCAGCCGCAGGGCACAGCAGCAAAAGCAGCGCCAUUGAAGUCUCCUUUUCAGGGCCUGCGCUCUUCGCUUCAAGACCCGGAGCAGCAGAAGCUCGCCGAAUCCUUAGCUGCGAGCUGCUCAGCUUUUGCCCCACUGAGGGGCCCCCUGUGGCCCUGGGGCUGCGGCUCUUUAGAGGCCCUGGUGAAGCAGCUGCAGCAAGUAACUGCAGCAGCAGACUCGAGGCUUGCUGUGGCUGCUGCUGCUGCAGCGCCGACCGUCGAGGCUGCGGUGGCCGGCGCGGAGCAGCAGGAGGACCCGGUGUCGCCGCUGCUGCAGCGCCGCCAAAGGCAGCACACCGAGCUGCAGCAGCAGCAGCAACAGCAGCAGCAGCAGCAGCAGCAGCGCACGUCGGCGUUUGCUGCACUGCUGCCGCUGCUGCGGGCGGCAGCAACUAAGGCAGCUGCCCUCGCAAGGGAUCAAUUGUCGUUUAUUGAUGUGUUUGAAUCAGCAGCAGCAGCUACAGCAGCAGCAGCACCUGAGGGAGCAGCAGCAGGAGCUGCUGGAACGCCACCCACUGUGCAGCAGCUGCAGCAGCAAUCUGCAGAUGUAGUUGUCCAGCUGCUGGAGGCGUUUACGCUGCAGCAGCAGCAGCAGCUCAAGUCGCUGGACAUGCGGUUUGCUGCCGUCGCAGGCAAACGACUCCUCGUGACAGAUACUCCACCUGCUGCUGCUGCUGCUGCUGCUGCUGCUGCGCCGCCUGUAGCAGCAUCAGCACCUACAACUGGAACGCAGCAGCCCCUAGCCAAGAGGCCCAAGCAUGCGCCUGUUUCUGUGCCUCCAGCAGGAGCAUAG